AUGUCCCACCUUGAACUUCCCUUUCCCAUGAACCUUUCUUCUUUACAUACACUCACUCCACUACCUAAAUGUCCUCAACGAGGCACAGCAGCUGGCACUCCAGCAAUACACCUCCGUCACCGACCAAGACCUCGCCGCAGCAAUACCGCUCCUGCAGAAAUGCCAGCGGCGCGCGCUCCUCCACCACCGCCCGUCAACGCAAGGCGCUCAGAGACGCUCAUGGAUACGAUACCCACACGACACUCGACUCGAAGCACAAGACGAGGCCUCGAGCCUGCACCACGAGUAGUGCCUACACCAGAGAGCCAGCUCUCUCAGCCAAUGCCUUUUCC